AUGGUGACAGAUCCUUCUGUGGGAGAUGCUGUUUUUCAGGAUAAGUUGUUGUCCUUGUUGCAGCAGGAAGGAAAGUCACUGGAGGAUGUGAAGGCUAUGUUGGAGCAAGGUCAGUCCUCUGAUGCAAAAGUGAAUCUUGAUUUGGUGAAUGCUAUUGAUCGCCUUGUGGAAAAGUGUAUCCAUAUGCCUAGUGAUACUGUGGGUUAUAGGAGAUUAAGAGUAUUUUCAGGUGUGAAACCAGUACCUGCUGGGGAGGAAGAGUAUGACCCCUGGAUGGAGCAGGCUGUUCAAAUGAUCAGCGAGUGGCAGUGUGCUGAUUCUGUGAAAAGGCAGCGUAUUGUUGAGAGUUUGCGGGGACCCGCUUCAGACAUAGUCCGGUUUUUGAAGGUUAGUAAUCCAACUGCCACAGCUACUGAUUAUUUGGUUGCUCUUGAAACAGCCUAUGGAACUACUGAAAGUAAUUCCGAUCUUCUUGCAAAGUUCAGGAGCACUUACCAAAGGGAAAGUGAGAAGCUUUCUGAUUUUCUAUAUAGGUUGGACAAGCUCCUUCAUCGCAUGCUUGUAAAAGGAGGUGUUGUAGCCGCUGAUCUUGAUCGCAUGUGCAUGGAGCAAGUGGUUAAGGGAGCUCGUACUACUGAUAUGGUAGCACUACGACUAAGAAUGACCCACACUCUGCGUGAUCCUCCUAGUUUCUCGAAAUUGUUACGGGAAGUAAGGGAAGAAGAGGAUUGGAUCAGGGCUAGAGAGGGGGGAAAAGUAGUGGUUUCUGCUGCUUCUGUUCCACAGGCUUCUUUGGUGACUGAAUUGAGCAGUAUAAAGCAAGAGGUGAGUGCACUUACAACUCAGAUGUCCCAGCUGUUGAAAGCAGCUGCACCUGACCCUGUUCCUGAGCAUUCUUCCAAGGCAACUGGCCCUGUGUGUCAAGUGGCGGAUGCAAGUGCUACAGAAGUUGCCGGCAAGAAGAGCACAUCCAAGUUUACUCGGUCUGGAGUUUUCUGUUACAAGUGUGGUGAGGAUGGCCACACAAAGAGAGAGUGUCGGGGAACUGAAAACCUGAGGAAAGUAAAUCAAAAAUUGAUCAGUCAGAGCAGGUUCUCGGAAACUUCUAGGGAGCUCUGUGGAGGAACGGCACAGGACUCCUUUUCCAUCCCGUUCCACCUUUUGUUCUGGAGUAGAAAUCGAUUGUUCUUCUGGGAUUCCAUCUGGCUUGAUUGGUCCGACUUCUGA